AUGGCGGAUAUUUUGAAACCAUUCUGGCGUUGCAGCAAGACCUAUUACUGGCCUGAAGCCCUGGAUAUUUGCGCACUUCACCUGGAAGUCUUCGGCUUCGCCGCCAACCUUACAGUCACAAUUCUACUCUUUCGUCUUCGCUCCAAGAAGACGGAGGGUCUGGUUCUCCUGCGGGUGCUCUCUUUGAGUUGUUUAGUCUCCACACUCAUUAACUUUGCCGGUGACAUCGGUGAAUUUGGCACAAACACUGGCAACACCUUCUUCGACGGUCUGGUCUGCAUUUUCUGGAGCAGUCGUUUCCUCUUCUGGUACACCAACGCUCACAUCUUCAACAGCCUUUUUUACUUUGCCUGCAACAGGGCCUUCGAGAUGCUGCAGAUCAAGAAUUAUCCCAUCACUACGGAGAAACAGCGUCUCACUGCCUACAUGCUCUUGGUUUUCAUUGGCAGUUUCCUCAGUACGGUGCCCCAGCUGCUGUUAGCGCGGCCGCAUGUGAAUAACUGCGCCUGUGCCCCGCCCACGCGUAACCUCGCCAUUCUAACAAUGAUUUAUGCCUACACCUUCCUGUGGGUUGCGAUCUUCGGGCUCAUAUAUCCUGCCAUUCUCGUCUAUAUUUGCAUUGCUGUGGUCUUACGAGCGCGGCGAUUGGGCAGGAGCGCCCUGGUGAACGAACUCGACCAACUCUACUUUCCGAAUCCGCGAUCACCAUCAUCAUCCUCACCAUCCUCUGGCACAGCCUCCGCGGAUUCCGUUUCUUCCUCGACGACCUGCGACGCUCGCGAUACUGCCGGCCCCCUCAGCAAAUUUGGUGAUGACUUUGAUUCUUAUGCCUGGCCGGCCUCAUUUUGCAUCAUACCUUUGACUGCUGCCUACAUAGCGACCUUCGGCUACGAUGCGACCUACCAGUUCCUCAGUGCGACUGGUGCACUUAUGUACGUACUGCGCAGUCCAGCCCAACAGUUUGGGGAGUUUCUGCUGCUCCUGCUUAGCACUCUGGUGCCACUGAUAAUCUUUUUUCACAUUCCCGCGAUGCGAUCGCUGAUCUUCGUUGCGAUUGCGUCCGUUCAAAAAAAGUGCGGCAAGAGCAUGUCGACAGAAGCUGGUGAUCAGCCUGGCUAG